AUAAUUACUAAUAUGGCGGCCAUUAGAGUUUAGUGUGAAUGUUUUUCAAUUUCAAGGCAAUUUUCAGUGCACUUGGCGCAAUGAUAUCUACGCAAAUAGUGUCUACAGAGUGACUAAAGUGCCAGAGAUUGGAUUGAGACAUCAUAGUGAGGCGUUUAGCAGUGUCUACAGCAAAAUAUCCACUGAAAUAAAUUCUCUUCUUGUGAGGAGUUUAUCGUGGGAUCCCUGGAAGAAAUCUCUGAUGUGUGCGAUGUUUUUGCAUGUCAUGGAAAUUGUAGUGUUAGCAGAAAAAGAAGAUUUAUUUUAUGCUAAUAGUGCACAAAAAACAUAGAAAGGAACGAUAUUAGUGGCUAGAAAGGUGGAUUCUGUGGAGGUAAUUCUCCCCGCUUUUCCCUUCUAAGUGGCGAAGGUGAAAAGAAGAGAAGCACUUGAGAGAGAGAGAACGAAGCCGAGACGAACCGUAAGGAGAUCCCUUUUGGUCCACACCAAAUUGGAAUUGGAGGUUGAGGUGGAGCGCACAGAGGACAUCGCAAUGUCCACCACAGUUCAAGUUCCAUCUUCAGGGGGUGGAAUUGUGGUGGACAGUGGUCAGGUGAUGGCGAGCAGCGCCAGUGAUGGCUUCCGUCAGCAGCACAGCGAAGUGGUGGAGGCAGAAGUGGCAGCAGGAGGAGGAGGAGGUGGUCAGAGUGGAGGAAAUCUCACGGGAAGUGUCAUCAAUUUGGCAACAAAUGAGAUUAUAGCGUCACCCCAAAUCGUAAAGCUGGAGGAGCAGCAACAGCAGCAGCAGCAGCAAUCGAGUGGAAGUCAGGAGAUUGGUGGCAAUUAUCGUGGUCAAAAUGUGGUGACGCCACAGCUGAUGAACAGCCAGAGUGGAUCGAAAGUGCAUGUCAUUAGCAAUGUGACGCUGGUCUCAAAAGCGCAGGCGACACAGCAAACCAUCAAUUUUGUGAAUACAACGAGCAAAUCAAUCAAUUCCAGUGCAAAUAGUGGGUAUAUAAAUGCCUUUGUGUCGAAAAGUAUUCCGCCAAGCGGCAAAAUUGUCAAUCUGAUGAACCCUAUCAAGGGUCAGGCGAGUCAGCAGGUGCCGCCAAAGCCCUCGCCAAUUGUGCAGAAGCUGUCAGUGCCGAGGAAUGUUCAGGUACUGACGCGUGUACAGACCUUAACGCAUCCUACACUUGGUGGGAAUAUCAUCAUGUCGCGCCUGGCGACGUCGCAGCCGCAGCAAUUUCAGCCGGUCACCAAGCAGGCAACAGUGAAGACCACGGCAUUCAAUAGUGUGAGCCAGAAGGCGCCCAAGAUUGUCAGUGGGACGCAGCAAGUGUUCCCGUCUGGCAUGAAGAUCUACACGGGCAACGUUGGUGGGCAGAAGAUUGCUCAGGGUGUGAAGACGGUGACCAAAGCGGCUCCACUGAAGUCACCAGCGCCUGGUCAGGUGACCAACAAGAUCAUGAAGCAAGUGUACAACAAUGUCAAUGCACCAGCACCGAAUUUGACGACAAUUUCUCAGCAAUAUCCAUCGACAAAUAUACCAAAAUCCGCAGGAAUUCACAUCCAAUCGUCACUCAAUAACAACACAGGAGUUCCGGUGAAGUUCAACAACAUCUCAACUGGACAACCGAUGGGUUCUGUCACACAGACUCGCGCUGUGACGAGUAUGGGCAAUUUGGUGAUUCAGGGGAGUGGUGGUCAGAAGAUUGUGAAGUCCAACAAGGUGAUUCAAGUGCAGCAUCAUAAUUCGACAAUGCCUCAGGCGACAUCACAAAUUCCCGGGAGUCAGAUAAAGAUGGUGCAGAAUGCCACAACGGUGCCACCAUUCAAUAUCAUACAAGGUGGUACGAUAAAGUAUGUGAAUGCUCAAGGGAAUGUUACACAGCCGCCGGUGGCGAAGAUCAAAUCUAAUGUCUCGGGGAAUCCUGGGAUGAUGAAUCCACUGAAUUCGUCAACAUAUGCAAAUUCAGCACAAGAAUCUGCAGCAAUAUCGUCAACAGUGGACAAUGUGUCGAGUACAACGACCGAUGAUAUGAUGUACAUGAACGGCAUGUCAAUGGAUGAGGAGAUGUCGGCACGCAUUCUUCAGAGUCUCUCACAGAAAGCUGUGUACAACAACAAUCGCUACAUACAGCAGCAGAAGUACUUAAUCACCUCAUCGAACACAAUGACUACGGAAACGAAUCCUGUGCAGAUUCAUCAGCAAUAUCCGAUGCCACACUAUCAGGCGCCAGAUGGGAAACAUGGACCGGAAUACUUUAGGGUGAAUACAUCGGAUUUGCAGACAACAACGACAACAUUCAUUGACAACAUACCGCUGGUGGCGUCCAAUGAGGACUACAGUCAGCGCGAUCAGAGUCACGAUCAGGAUGACUAUACGGAUGGAGAGGAGCAAAUUACGGCAAAAGACACGAAGUUGAUAAUGCAGCAUCCGGCACUUCAGGAUCACACUUAUGCUGCUCCCAUGCCAGAAGGCAUGGCGAGUCAGGAGACGCCGACAGACACCUUCCAGAACACCAGUGCAAAUUCAACGGAGACCAGUCUUGCCCACAUUCUGAUGGGAUAUUCAUGCAAUCAACAAAGACACGAUGAUGAUAACAAUUCGGUGAUAAGCAAUGACUCACGGAGUGGUAAGAACGCCCUGGAGAACGAUUUGGGUGAGGAGACAGAGACGGCGCCCGAAGGUGAGGGUGAGGAUGACUCAGUGACGCGGUGCAUUUGUGAUCUCACGCAUGAUGAUGGUUACAUGAUUUGCUGCGACAAAUGCUCGGCUUGGCAACAUGUGGACUGCAUGGGAAUUGAUAGGCAAAAUAUUCCGGAUGAGUACAAUUGUGAGGUGUGUCAGCCGAGGCCGGUGGACAAGAAUCGCGCGCGGUCGUUGCAGCUGAUCAAGCGAAGGGAGCAGCAGCAGUUGAUGAUGUUCAAUCCGCUGCCGCAGCAGACGAUUGCCAUUGACAGCACUGUGACGAUGCCGGUGAUGGAGCAACAACAACGAAGUGGUAUUGCGCCGCUGAACAACUUGUCGCCGACAUCGAAGAAGCAACGAACUUUGGGCAGGAAGAAGAGUGAGGGAUUUGUGGGCAAGAGGCAGAAGCGUGACAGUGGCAGUCGGGCGAAUGGCAAGCGCAAGGAGACGAAGAAGGGUACAAAGAGGAAGAGUAAGCAGCAGCAGAGUGCAGAGAAUGGUGGUGUGGAGAAGAGUGUGAUGAAUCUGAGGACGUGGAUUGAGAACUAUGAGCAGGCGGUGACGAAUCACUAUUCACCAGAGUUGAGGGCGCGUCUGCAGGCGCUGGGGAAGCAGCUGAGUCACCAGCAACUCAACAAUCAUGCGUACAAUUUGAAGAAUGUGGGCAAUCUGGAUGGCAAGUGUGGCACAGUGCCGCAUGCUGGUGGGAAGAUACUCAUCAGCAGUCUGGACUUGACGCCCAAUAUGCCCAUUGUGGAGAUCCGGGGGAAGUAUAUGCUGUCGGGACAGUACAAGCAGCAAUUGUUGACGGCCAGCAGUCGGGUGAGUAAGAAUCCGGGGCCAUUCAUCUUCUUCUAUCGCCUGCCAAAUGACGGGCCUGAGAUUUGUGUGGACACACGAACGUAUGGCAAUGAGGCGAGAUUCGUGAGGAGAUCAUGUCGACCCAAUGCCGAGGUGGUGCACUUCAUUGAGAAGGGGACAAUUCAUCUGUACAUUGUGUCAAUGCUGAACAUUAAGGAGAGCACAGAGAUCACCAUCAGGCAUGAGCCUCAUGACUUGAUAGGCGUGAGUCAGGGAAGUGUCUCGUCGCCCACAUCCACUGUAUGUGCGUGUGGCUUGACGAAGGACUGUCUGUUUCCCAGCACGGGAGUGUCAUCAUCUCUGUCACAGUCAACGGGCGGAGGCAAGAGUGCGAGUAAAAGAGUGAAUGGAAACUAUCAUAAGCAGCCGAAAGAGAGUGGCGGCUAUAAGCGCAGCAAGAACUCUUUCAGUCGCAAUAGAUCGACGUCCUCGUCUGGGGAGAGCAAUGUGGGCAUGUUAUCUCCCAAUGGACAGGUGUUUGUGCCCACGCAAAUUUCCAGCACGGCUCUGGCGCCGCCUAGCAUUCAGCCACAGCUUCUGGAAGCGGCGGCAGCUGCAUUGUCGUCUCCUCAAGCGAGUCUCCCGCCAACGGUGACACAAAUGGUGACUCAAUAUCCACCGUCGCCCACGAGGAAUCAACUCAAUCUAUCGACAGCCUCAUCAGCGACUACCAUAAGUGUUCCUGGGACACCAACACUCCUAUCGCCCAAUAUUGAGGCGGUGGCAGCAGUAAAGGAACCCGUCCCUUUGGCUGCUUUGUCACCUAUUUUGCCACCCAGUGCCCCGGAAUCCCCAGUGAAGACACCCGUAGCGCCACCACAGGUGGUUCCUGCGCCUGUGGUUCCACCUCAGGCUGUUCCACUGAGUCCUGCUUCGGCACCACUGACGCCAAAUCCUCCGCCGGCGACGCCAAAACCACCGAAAAGAGUGGUAAAGCAGAAAUCAAUGACAUCACAUAGCGCUGAGGAUGUUGCUGAGGUGAAAGUGAAGGAGAAACAAGAGGAGAAGUCUGUGGCGAGUAAAGAGGCUCCGGAGGCGCGAAAGCUGACAAGGGAAGAGCGAAAGAUGGAGGCGAUAUUGAAGGCGUUCGAGAAGAUGGAGAAGACAUCACAGAGGAAGCAGGAAUUGAAGCAGCAAAAGGGUUCGGGCAGUGCAAGUGUUGGAACUUCAUCGAGUUCCGUGUCGAGACGGCGGAAUAGUUUUUCACCUUUUGGCACACAGAAGAGUCUCAAGGAUGAGGACGAGAAGAAAUUGCUGAACAAUCAUCAGAAGAAGAAGAAGCGCAAAGGCAGUAAAUCUUAUCAGCAAGUGAAUACUCAGAGGAAGAGACGGAGAAGUCGAAUGAAUUCCAAUGAGUCAGAUAAUGCCACUUCGGAGGAGUCUGGCGCGAUGCUCUCGCCACCGAUUUCUGGGGCGUCACUGUACAGGAAUAGUGAACCUGUGAAGACGCCUGCAAAUGAUGAUAAUGCAGCAGGAAUGCUGUUGGCAUUGGCGAGGACACCAGGAGGGGCUGGAGAUGGUAGGAAGAAUGAGCAGGCGGAGGCGGAAGUCGGUGGAUUUGCCAGUGUCUGUAUGCUAGUCGAGGCUGCUGUGGCGCCGCUGGAGAAUCAAUGUGUGGAGAAUGAUUUCAAGUUGCCGCACAAGACAAAGACGAAGAAGACUAUUAUGAAUGAGUGGCUGAAUCAGGCGGAUGCUGUCACUUAUCCGAGCAGCGAACUGUUUGGGAAUGCUGGUGCUAGUCCUGGGAAGAAUCUGGAGACUCUAGUGCAUGCGGCGGUGUCUAUUCACGGGACACAGCAAUAUCGUGGGGUGCACAGGAUGCAGGAGGAGCCGCAAAAUCUCAGCAUAAUGGCGAAGAAGGUGGAAGAGUUUAUCACAUUGACAGACACGAAGGCUGACGAGGAGGAUCAGUCGAGGAAUAGUGCACAGGAGGAGAGCAGCACUGUUCUCGUGCCGCCGCCGUUACCGACUCCGCCCACAGUUGGUGGGAGUGAGAGUGCUGUGAAGAAGCGAUGGCUGCGUCAGGCGAUCUCGGAGGAAUGCCUGGAUGAAAUGGUGCCAUCGCCACCGAAUGGCUUCAUGACGCCGCUGAAGAAGAGGCGUCUGGCCAGGCAAUGCUCAGACAUGGUUGAGGAUCUGUCACCGACACAAUCGGGGUUUUUUCCGAUGACUCCACAGCCUGAGGAUGCAAAGAUUGAAUUUGGUGAGGAACAGAAGCCAGAAGCUAAAGUGGAGAUUGCAGAUGUGAAGCCAGUUGAGGUAAAAAACGAGGCGGUGCUGGAAGAGGAGGCGGAAGAGAAGAAGACUCUUCUUCCAGUGAAGAAGGAAAAUGAGAAAAUUGAGGAUGUUAAAACGGUGAUCAAGGAGGAGAUUCAUCCAGAAUCCUUUGACAUAGAACCAUUGGAGGCAGUUAAAUUGAAGGACCAUGGCAAUUUGGUGGAAAUUGAGGAUGUCAAUAGUGAUGAGAUAGCGGAUUUGCAGAAGAAAAUCCACUCAUUUCAUGCCGAAAACAUUCUCUUCUUGAAGUCAAGGAAUAGAAAAGCAAAGCAGAGAGUUGACUCUGAGGAGUUUGUGGACAAGAAGCCACAGAAAGUGGCGAAGAAGAGACAGAGUUCAGAUAUUGAAGAGAUUCAACUUGAACCUUCACCAGCACCGAUUGUCAUUCCACACGGAAUGCCGCCUUUGGAACUUCCUGCGAACUUCAACUCCAGCAUUCCGCCACCUCAGACAACAGUGGCAUCGUAUUCGUCAUAUCUGCUGAACAAUGCUACAAAUCUCAUGACCAGUAUUCCUCCGCCACCGGCUGGUUUUGGUAUUCCACCGAUGUUCAGCACUUUUCCACCGCCACCACUGGCCAAUGUCAGUGUUCCGCCGCCACCGUUGUCCGAUUAUCUGGACAAGAAUACAGCGUUCCGGGAUAUGUUCACACCGGCAGCGCCUGGAUACUUCACCACGCUGAACACACCUCCACCACAGCCAGUGCCGCCGCCGGUUGCUGUUCCAUCUGUCGUUCAGACUGGCUUUCUCCAGAAGGCCUCUUUCACUUCGCUGGAUCCCAUUCCUGCUCCUGUCGCCGCUACGCCGACGCCGAGGGUGUACUCGAGAACAGCCAGUGCUGAUCCCAGGCUGAAUCCCAACAUCAGUGUACCAGAGCCGCCACCAGCGCCCAAGAGGAAGCUCUCAAUCACGGAAUACAGGAAGAGGAAACUACAAUCCACUGACUUAACGCCAACCGGUGAGAAAACAUCGCCACUGACGAUUGAUAGCGAUGGUGGAAAGGAGAUGGAAGGAGAGUUUGUCAAUGCCAAGAACAUGGAAUCCAGUAUCCUGUCGGAAUUGAAGGACGACAGCAGUAGCAGUGCAAGUGCUACAAAAACACCAUCGACUCCUGAAGAGAAUGUUCCGUUCAGUCCGACGCCGACGUUGCUGGAACUGCAGCAAGAGUCACUGUCGGAGCGUCUCAAGUCUCUAAAGUCCUACAAGAGUCUUCAGGAGCUAACGAGUGGACUUCCAGCUCGAGAAGUGUUCCACAGCUCGGUGGUCAGCGAGGAGAAUCCGAAUGUGUCCAGCACAACGUGCGAUGUUGUGACAUCGUCCACGGUGAAUGUCGCGAAUUGUGAGGAGAUGCAGGAAGUCUCGACAACUGCGAGUGAGGAGAGGAGGGACGAGGAGGAGGGGGAGAGCGGGACAAAGGUCGAGAAUAGUACAAAAGAGGAGAAGGAGAAGGAGAAGGAGGAGGAAGGAGGUGCCAUAGGCGCUCUGUUAUGAGACACAUGACAAGCUGAGGAGAAAAAGCACAUAUAAUUGCUCAAGUUUGAGAUGAGAAGUAGUUUUUUUUCUGUAUAUAAUACGUGAAAAUUAGUGUGUAAAAAUUGUUUCUUUCCCUUUGAUUUUCUUCCUCAUAAAGGUUAAAUUAGAAGUUCACUUGCUGCAAAUAUUUCGUAGGUUCGCUAGAGAAUAACUGUAGAUUAUUGAUAAUUGAUGAUGAUGUGAAGAAUGUGAAGAUUGGAAGUUCUUCAUAAGAAUUUCGUUGAGCAAUGAUCGCAUGCAUGAUGGAGAGAAUGUGUGAAGAUUUUGUACAUAGUAUAAAUAGUAACUAGAAUUAAGAAUUUUCCCAAUUUUUUUUAUACAUUGAGUUUGUAAAAUUACUUUUACCUGUUCUCUUCCUAAGAAACCCGAGGGAGUGAUUUUGCGCGAAUGGGAAUGACAACAACAAAAGAAUUCAUCUUUUUAAGAGCAAAAAAAAAACCUUGCAUAAGCAGAACAAAAUCCAGUACAAAGAAGUAAUUUAUUUGAUAUGGCUUUGAAUGUUCUUUAAAAUCCCAUCUUUCUCCCUCUUCUGUGCAGACUAUUUUUUAUCACUUGAUAGCUAUUGGUAGAUUUUAUGGAAUUUAAUCUUGACAAGAAGAAAUAUAUAUAAAGAGUCUACUUAAGAAAGAGGAUUUCACUGUAUAAUGAAUUAGAAAAGAAGAAUUGAAGAAAUAUUUUUCAAUUUUUAUAAAAUAUUUCCCAGACAGAAAGAAAGAAAGAAAAACCCUAACAUUGAGGAGUAAAAAAGAGAAAGAUUUAAAAGAAUAAAAAAAAACUAUUUAUUGAGUAAACUAAACUUGAAAAGCAAAUAAGAAAUAGCAAAUAAAA